UCAUUUGAGGAUAGGCCGUUUGCUCUGCAGCUUUUUUUUUUUUUUCCUCUUCUCAUUUUGAUGCAGCGAGAGGCGUGCCGGGCCGGGUCGGGCCGGGCCAGGCUCGGCUCAUAUGCUUCAUGUGAUCCUGCAGGGAGGUGUUUGGCUAAAAAAAAGUGUUUUUCACCAUCCAGGCUGCACCAUUUGAGAGCUGACAGCCUCUCUCGGAGCUACCGGCUUGGCUUUUUUGGGGGAUAUUUCCAUCACUUGUGCGGCUCAUUCCGGAUAGUGACACGCUGCAGUUCCGAUAAUGGGAGACGCUCAGUCUGCGCAACGGGAGGGCAAGAAGGAUGCAGCAGCUGAGGAGGAGAGCGUAAAAGUGGACGAUGCUCUGCCUGAGCAGAAUAUUGAAGACAAGCCACUUAAAAAUAAUGGGCAAAUCUCUGAGAUCAAUGGAAAAGCAGACAGCUCUAUAGCAGAAGUUAAUGGUCACUGUGAGGAUGAGAUCACUGCAGAGGCUAUUCUUUCUCCAGGUGAAGAUGUUUCAGAAACAGCAAAGCCACUUGAAGAAGAAACACCAUUAGAAAAUGUUGAAAUUAAUGAAAAGGAAUCACCUGAUGAAGUUGAUACUAAUGAAGAAGUAAUGACUGAAAUGGAUGCAAAGCAGAAUGACAUCAAUGAAAGUUUUAGGAGAUUUUUCAGUAACAUUGGUUUGAAACUGACCGUAAAAAGAGGCUCCCCUGAAAAAGCUGAAAUACCAACAGAUGUGCCUGAUGAGACCAACAAGGAAGAAUCAAACCAAGCAGAGGACAUUGAGGAUAUGGCAAAGGAAACCAACAGUGAUAAUGCUGAACAGAAUAUUGAUCUGAAUGCAGUACAGGAGACUUACGACAAUGAUUCAACAACAUGUCCUACUCUGACCGAUGUUACAUCAGAGGAUGUUCGAGAAAAUGCUGAGGAGAAAACAACAGAAGUUGAAUCCGAUAAUGUAGAUACAGCAACACCUGUAGAUGAACACGAAAAGGCACAACAGGAUGCCACAGUAGAAGAAGACGUACAUCCAGCAUCUCCAUCUAGUCCUGAAGCAGAGGUUGUAUCUCCAAUUAAAAAGUUUUUUACAACUGGAAUCUUUUCUGGACUACGGAAGAAAAAGAAGCCAACAGAAAAUGAGACAACUGAGAAAGAACUGGUGGACAUGGGUAAAAAGGAAACAGUAGAGACUACAGAACAACAGGAUAAAGAGAAAGAAGAAAAUGAACUUAAAGAGGAGAUCCUCUCUGCAGAUGAUGGGAAAUCACCUCCCAGAGAUCCAACAACCAUUACUGUCAAUGAGCCUGAAAUUACAAGUUCUCAAGAGAAAGUUCAAGCCAGUCCCCUGAAAAGGCUCUUAUCAGGGUCUAGUUUAAAGAAACACUCCAAAAAGCAGAGAGGCAGGAAAUCAAGUGACGCAAAGCUGUCUGACUCUGGAGAACACUUUUCAGAUCAGCUCAUGUCAUCUACAGAGUCAGCUGAGAAUCAGAAAGAAGAAAGUCCCGCACAACCCACUGUAGAGCCAGCAGGAGAGGAGGAUGGCGCAUGGGCUUCUUUCAAAAAACUUGUGACGCCGAAAAAGCGUAUGAAGAAACCAUCCACAAAUGAAGAGACACAAAUCCCAGCCUCAGUAGAGGAAACAAAACCAAGUGAAGGGGAGCAACUCUCAGAUCAAAGCACAGAAGAAGACAAAAAAAGAAAAGAUUCAUCUGUGUCAUGGGAAGCUGUUCUGUGUGGAUCUGGAAGGAGAAGAAGCAGAGGCCGAAAAACAUCAGACUCUGAGGAUGAAACACCUCAAGCUGAAAAUGACAAUAAGAAACAAGAGUCCCCACUAGAAGGUUCUAAUGAGGUCGAUGAAAUUUUAGCCUCUUCCCCGAAACAAGCAGGAAGUCCUUCAGAGGGUGAUGGUGGAUCAACAUGGAAAUCACUUAAAAAACUUGUCACCCCCAAAAGGAAGGCCAAGGAUGAGGAAGAAAGCAAAGAUAAUAUACAGUCUGACAGUGAAGCUACUCAGGAUGAUCCCUCCUUUUCAAUAAAGAAACUUCUUCCAGGUCGAAAGAAAAGGAAGUCUGCUGAAAAACAAGACCAAGUAUCUUCAGAUGAGGCUGAUAAGGACGUAGUUUCAGGUGAUGAAGAUUCUGAGACACCAGCUGUGGUUCCACUGUCUGAGUUUGAUACAGUUGAAACAGGAGUUCACGUAAAAACACAGGCUGAUGUAGAAUGUCAUGUACCCAAGGAAGCAGACUAUGAACUGCAGCAAGACCUCAUUGAUCAAAUGGCUGAACAAGUCCCACCAUGUGACAGUCAGGAAACUGAAGCAAAAGUCCAAAAUAAAGAGGAUACUUUAGAAAUUGAGGCACCCACAGCUCCUGUUUCAAAUGAAGAACCCGAGGACCUUACAGAUUUAAUCAGUAAACAUCAGCAACUCAGUGAUAUUCCAGAGGAAGGUGUAAUUACAGAGACAAUGGCCACUCCAGCUUCAGUCACUGAAGAGGCAGCUAGAGAUGACACUAUAGCAGAGGAUCUGAUAGAGAUCACAUCUGAGGCCAUAACUGCUCCAGAGCCUGUAGACAUUACCUUGGCAGAUGAAACUGAGAUGAUCUCUGCAGUUUCCCAGCUAUCAGAGUCUUCAAAAACAUCCGGCAACACAACACCAGUCCCAGUAGAAUAUGAUGUAAAAGAUACAGAGGCAGUCUUGUAUCAGGUUGUUGAAACCAUCUCCAUAAGCCCAAAGGCAAUCCCAGUGUGUUCAGAUGAGGUAAGCUCAGAAAGAAUAGCUGGCUCUGUCUCACAUCAAAUACUUGAAACAUUUGAAAAAGAGGAACCAACAAUUCUGGAAAUGCACAGGAGAUCAGAUGUGACUGUUAUUAACACAGGUCUAAAUGUUGAGGAGAUGGACAUUAUUAAUAAGCUUGCAGCAACAGUCCAAACAGAGAGCAUAACUGAAGUCAAGGAAGCCAUUUCCACAGAAAUUGUAUCUAAAGUUCCUACUGAGGAAUUCGACACUGCUAAAACUGAUGUGGAUGAAGUUCAUGAGGUCAGUGUUUCAUAUCCAGAAGAAAGUAUAAAAGAAAUACAAAGUACUGAUGAGAGACAGAAUCUUCUGGAAAGCCAAUCUGAAGUAAUUGAAGUGGUUUCUCUUGAUACAUCACCUGAAGGUGAUGAGAUUGUUGCAGAUGAAGGUUCUCUAGUUGGGGCUAAUCAAGAUGAAAAAGAGCCCCUAGACAUUGAUUCUCAAGAAGCAGAAUCAGCUACUACAAUAGCUGAAGAAAGUCAGGAUGCAUGUGUGGAGCAGGAAGUCCAAACUCUGACAGAAAAGGAAGAUCAAGUCUUACAGAAUAUCACUGAUCAAGUUCAAGUUGAGGAUAAAGAUCAACCACCAGUAGAGGUGGAGAAGUUACAAGAAUUACCAGCUGUACAAGCUGUGACAUUAGAUUCAGAGGACAGCAGUGUUCAACUGUUGGAAAAGGAAGUAAUAUCAGAAGAAAUUCCAGCAGCAGAAACAGUUAUAGACAAAGCCAAAGAGGAAACAGAGGCUCUCACUGAGGGUAAUGUUGAGGCAGAGGAGGAAAACGAAUUACAAGCAGAUGCUGCUAAAAUUGAACAUGUUGAAGAACCAGAAGUGUUAGAAGCCAAAUUAGAUUCAGAAGAGGCUGGCGUUCAAUUGUCUCAAGAAGAAGUACCAUCAGAAGACAUUCCUGCAGCAGAAACUGUUACUGAUGAAACAAAACAGACAACAGAGAAUCUCAGUGUAGAGCCAGAAAACAAAGAACUGAAAAUAGAUACUCCAAGUAUUGACCAUCAUCAAGUUGCUGAAGUUUUAGAGGCUGUGCAAGUACCCACAUUAGAUUCAGAGGAGGAUAGUGUUCAGUCACUUGAAAAAGAAGUUAUAUCAGAAGCCACUUUGGAGGAAGAAACUGUUACAGAUGCACCCAAAGAAGAAACAGAACCUCCAACUGAAGUCAGUGAGCCAGUGGAUGCUUCUGAAACUGAUCAUGUUCAAGAAGUCGAGGUAUCAGAAGCAGCACAAGAAGCAAAACUAGAGUCAGAAGAGGAUAAUGUCCAAUCACUUGAAAAGGAAGUAAUAUCAGAAGAGAUUCCACCAGCAGGACCGGUUACAGGUGAAUUACCACAGGCAACUGAAGGCAGUGUAGAGCCAGAGGAAAAACUAUUAGUAGAAGAUGCCAAAGCUGAAGAUGUUCAAGAACAAGAGGUAUUACCAUCUGAUGUAAAUGACAUUGUAGCUGAAACAGAAACAGAGGUAGAGGCAUCUAUACCUGCUCAGGUAGUCACAGAAAGUGUUGAGGAAGGUAGUAUUCAGGAACUUGAAGAGCAAAUAUUGUCUGAGGAUGUUCCAAAACCUCCUUCAGUAACAGAGGAAACAGAGAAUAAAGUUGUGGCAGAAGAGAGCACACCACAAGAUGUUCAGGUCAGGCAGGAAGACCAAAUCCCUGAAGUUGUAGAUGAGUUACAAACAUUAACAGCAGUUCAUGUGUCUUCUGUUAAUGAGGAAGAAAGUAGUGUUCAGGUCAGAGAAAAAACUGAAGUAACCCCAGCACCUUGUGUAGACGAUGCUGCAGUUAUAGAUGAACCCACGCACGAGUUGCAACUCAGUGCGGUGCAAGCCAACGUUGAAGUAGAAAAAGAAAGUGAACUUCCUGGUGCUGAGACAAAGAGUGCUGCAGUUGAGCAUGCCAUAGUAGCAGAAGUGACCACAUGUUAUCUAAAAGAUGUUUCAGCUGCGAUACCUGAUGUUUUGAUAGAGAAAACAUCAGACGUUCAUGAACCCUUGAUAGACUCAGUGGCAAAUGAGCAAGACUUCAAGAGGACAAUCGAGACUGCAACGGCAUUAGUAAAAGAUGAUGUGACUGAGACAGCAGAGGAAGGUAGUGCGGUUAUGAUGAUAAAUGUGCCUUCAGUGCAGUUUGAGAACAAUCACAGAAUUCAAGUGCAGGUGGUUGAUGUUGAGAUCAGAUCAGCUGAGCCGAUUGUUGACACAGUGCUAGAGGUAGGGGUAACAGAAACCAAAGAAGUUAUAGAUGUUUGUCAUGAAACAGUUAAAGUAGUAGACAUGCUGUCUGCCACAUCAGAGACUGAAGAGAACUUAAUUCAUGAGGAAAACAAGGUGACCAUUCAAGAGGUUAUUCAUCAUGUGAAGGAGACCUUACCAGAGACAGUACCUGAAUCAGAGGUUGACAACUUGGAGCAAGAAGUUAUAAAACAACCAGCUGCUGUCACAGAGGCAAGUGAGAUAGCUGAGGUAAGUGUAGUGGAGGAUCAAAAAGUGAUGGAGGAUAGUACUGGAACAUCCAUGGAAAGACAAGAUGAAGCACAUGCUAUCAUCAGUGAUGACUCUGUAACCGAACAGCAAGUGUUCAAGGAUCUCACGCAAGCACCUGAUAUUCCAGGAGGUGAAGAUGCCUUGAUCCAUGAUCACAAAGAGGAUUUGGAGGAACCUAAAGUUGAACUGGAAAAGGCUGAAGCAGAUGUCACAACUGAAGAGGUCAAAUUGCCAUCAGGUGAAUUAGCUGUGAAGAAAAUUAAUGAGGAAGCAGAAAUUUCACAAAUUGCCCAGAGUCAGAUUGUAACACCUAGCAAUACUGGAUUAGUUGUCCCCCAAAACACUGGAAUAAUCUCUUCAAUAGGUAAUGUGGAGUCCCCCUCUAGCCUUUCUUUAGAAUUCAAACUUAACAUACAGUUUGGGCAAGCAAAAGCACCAGCUUCUCCACCACCUACAACAGAGAGAAUUGAGCCAGUGAAAAAGACAGACAUGUCUGAGGUUGGCAUUCAGGCAGUAGAACCCAAAGAGAAAACAAACCCGACACAAAGUGCUGAAAGCCAGAAACAGGCGGAGUUAACUGAGGUUGCUGUUCAGGCAACAGAAAUCACAGAACCAGAACCAGCCAAACCAGAUUCAACAGAAACAGCAGUGAUCAUGAAUCAACCAGUACUACUGGAUGUUGACAUGCAAGCAGUGGAAACUGUAGAACCAGUAGAACAAAUCAAAUCAACAGAGAAAGUAACCCCCAACGUCCAAGCAACAGAAACAGUGCAAACAGUAAGGCAAACAGAGAAAAGAGAAGUGUUCCUGAGUCAGCCAGUACUCUCUGAAGCUUGUGAUCCAGAAACAAAAGCAGAGGAACCUGUCAGACAAACAGAGGAGGAAAAUGAACAAGAUGUGUGGAUGGAUGCUGAGGAAGACAUUUACGCUCAAGACGAAACAGGUGUGUCCCUUCCUGAGGUUCAGGAACCCCUAGAACAUCAGGCAGAAAGUGAGCAGGAGGAAAAGGCAGUAUUUGAACAAGAGACUGAAAUAGCUCCUAAUGCCAAGCCUGAGGAAGAAGGAGGUCAACAAGAAAUGAUCAAAACAGAAGGAACAUGUGAAAUUGAGAGUGAAGGUGAAGAUUUUGCUGUUGCACUUGAGCAUCCGGAAACUGCAACUGCAAGUGUCACCACGAUGGAGUGGGAUUAAUUCAGCCUAACUUCAGUGUCAUCGACUGGUCAGACAAUCAAAAAGGAGGUCGUUCAAGAUUGUAAGGAGUUAUCAAAAUGCCAUUAUAAAGGAGAACUGACUGACAGAAGAAAACAACCGGAGACAGCGUUUUGCUGCUUUUUUGACAUUAUGCUCAGCCAAAAUAUUCCAAUAUUUACUGAUGAAACUUGUCUUGAUUUGUAAGAUUAUUUUAUUAAUAUUAUAAAGUGUGUGAUUAAUGAAUGGGAUCAAGCAAGAGACACAUCAACUGGAAGUGCUACUCUUCUCAGGGGGCAUUCAGUGGGAUUUUAGAAGUGUGACACUGAACGACAUUUACUAUGCAGUUGCCUCUUUCAGUAAAUUUGAUUUUUUUUUUUUUUUGCUAAAUAGCUAAGUUUUAAUUACUAACCAUGCUUGGACUUUUCAAUCAUAUUUCACAUUAUAUUCUGUUUUUGAAAAAUAAUGUGUAGGAGAAUAAGACAGUAUUUUUGUUAACAAUCUGUCUUUUUUAUGGUAUAAUGCUUAGAAACAUUUGUGUGUUAAACACAUAAUUCAUAAUGUCCAGGAUCCAGGUACAGCAAACAUUAAUUUCUCUUGAUAUAUAGUAUAGUAUUAUAUGUAUAUAUUUCAUAGCUUUUACUAUGUAUCAAUUCAUGUUCAUCAACUGUUUUGUCAUUCAGCAUUUGUUUAAUCAUUUCACAUAACUCCAUUUGGAUCUAUGCAGGAACGAACAAUAGGCAGACCUGAGCAUACUGCAGUUACAUAGUAUUACUGUAUAUUAUCUUGUACAUAAUUACUAUUUUAAUGCUUAUACAAGCCAAACCGUGCUCAUUUCGAAUCUUCAAGAAUUUCUACUGUGACAAAUUUAAAAUAGAAAAAAUGCAUGAUGAGAGCAUGGCACAUCUUUGUUUUUAAAAAAGUAAUAAUUUACACUAUAUUUUUGAUUUCAAGUUUAAAUUAAUAUUCACAUAUGUAUUUAUCAUUAUUAUAAAAGCAGAGCCUUAAACCUAAACAAACAUGGCAGCUUUUCUUGUCCUAUUUCAUUUCCCAGCUUUGUGUGUCUGAUGUCAAUGAUACCGUAAGCUUGGCAAUCAUAGUGUGUGGUAUGGGUGACAGACGAAAUAAGGUUAUGACAGGCUAUUUGCUGUCUUUGGAUUUUCCUCCCAUACACUGACUUUAUUGGAAAAUUCUUGCUGAUCUCAUAUGUGAUGUCAACUAAUGACUAAAUGCAAAAUAUAGACCUGUUACUUGUGUUUAUAUAUUUACCAGUGUUUUAUUAAUAAAAUAUUAUUUUAUUUGAAUAAAUUCAUACUAGUAUAUUUCAA